CACUCGUAACCCGAUUUGCUCGGUGCGACAAACUGAUGGAGACGGUGCUGGUGAAAGCUGGAGAGAACGCCACUAUUCCUUGCCCGGGACUUUCGGGGGCGAACGCCGCUGGCGAAUAUAUCAUCCACCGGCUGAACUGGACAUGUCCGGCUCGGAGCACAUGCCCCAUUGCCAGCCCGACGGGCCAGCUGGCCUCCUACAUGGCGGGGACUGUGUCCAUUGAGGGUGACCGCGGCCGCCUGGACCUGGACCGGCGCACCUGGGCCCUGCUGAUCGCUCCGGUCCGGGCCACCGACAGCGGCGCAUACAGCUGCUCGUUCAACAACCAGCUUCCUGACCACAGGACCGUCACGCUGGUGGUGCUCGACGCGCCGAGUCGACCAGGGAGGCCGAUGGUGAUCAAGAACCAGUCUCGGCAGGUGGUGCUCAGCUGGGCUCCCAGCUUCCAAGCCACCAAUGGCCCCAUCCAGCACUACAUCAUCCUGACCAGGCGCGGCGCCAGCGGCCCGUGGCCCGGAGUGGACGCCGGUCAGCUGGAGGUAAGCGGCCAGACCAACGCCACCGUCACCGACCUCACGCCCUUCACCGUGUACACCUUCCGGGUGGUGGCCGCCAACGACGCCGGCUACAGCGAGCCCAGCGACGCCUCGUACCCGGUCCAAACUCUCAGAGAGCGCCCUGGAGCAGCGCCGAGCUUUACGUACGCCCGGAACCGCUCGUCCACCUCUAUAGAGGUGGGCUGGCGGCCACCAGCCAACCACACGAUUCACGGCGAGUUCACCGGCUACCGUCUGACGUACCGGCGGGCGGAGCCGGGCCGCCAGCCGGGACCCGACAGCAGCGUCGAGCUGCACGACGUGUCGGACCGGAAGUACGUGAUUUACGACUUGGAGCCGUAUACGCGGUACGAAAUCACUCUGCAAGUGAAGAACCCGCAGGCACUGGGUCCGCCGGACUCCAUUGUCGCAUUCACUGCGCAGGGGGUGCCGGAGCGCCCGGAGAACGUCACUCUCCUGUCAGUGGGGGACCGGAGCUUGACGCUGACCUGGUCCCCGCCGCGACGACCCAACGGCCUGCUCCAGGGCUACAACGUCUACUGGAGCAGCGGCGGCCAGCCGGCGCACUCCCAGUCCAUCGCAGUGCCUAAUGCUCGCCAGUUCACGGUGAACAUGCUGGAGCCCGACACGAAGUACAGCGUGUGGCUGAAGGCGGUGACAUCGGCCGGCGAGAGCGACCGGUCUUUUCCCUGGAUGGCUCGUACUGACGUGAGCGGUCCGGGAGCUCCCGUCAUCACCAACAUCACUUGUCCGACUGUGACGUCAUUGGGUCUGCAGUGGCGUCGGCCCAAGCUGUUCUACGGCUCGGUCAAUAUGUACUACCUUCUCUACCGCUCUGAAGAAAGCCGUGGCUUCGUGGAGCGCAUGGUGCCGGUGCGUUCCAGUCGCCUCCAGUUCUCGGUGAGACAGCGGACGGAGCGUACUGACACGGACUGA